AUGUCCCGGAAACCAGAGAGGGGAAAGGGAAAGAAGGCCCUGCAGUUUGUCACCAUAGACCCCUCAUCCAGCCGAGGAAGAUCAGAUACUCGUCGGAUAGUACGAUCUCAUGCUGGAGGAUGGAUGUGGCGACAACUUCAAGCUGCCCGAGAAAAUCCAGAGGCCAAUCCUGAGGAGGAUUUGCUCGAGCCUGGUCCCUCCGCGGCUGAGGAGAAUGAAGACCUAGACCGACCGACUCCCUCUGCUGAAAAACUUAACGCUUCGGUAGCGGGGUCGCAAUUGGAACCGCAGGCGCCGAGGGAUUCUGGUCGCGAGCGCAUCCAGAGAAAACGCAAUAAACGAGCUCAUAUGGAAUUGAGCAGGGUCAGCUGUGACAAACUGGAUCCUUUUCAGUGUUACAUAUCAUCAUCCCCACUGUCAAGCGGACUUGUUAGCAAUUCAAAUAAAUACUGUCUAUCGGUGCUAUGGCCUGGUCUGAUGCCCAACUCCUCAAUCAGUGGCGCCGGCCAUGCUGGCAUUGAAGGCUGGUUCUCAAGCUCACUGGGUCACCCAGCUCUUCAUAGCGCCAUGUUGUUUGGAUCAUACUCCCACCGGCGAAUAAUGUGGUUGCAAAAAAAGCAGAGCAAUUUCAGUGCCGACGACGAGAAACAAAUGUCGAUAUGCGAAGCGGAUUCUAUCACGAGGAUCAAUAAAGCGAUUCAGAGUCCGUCCGAGGCCAUCACCGAUGCUAUUAUCCUGUGCGUUCUGUGCAUGGCGAAUAACAAGAACGAAGCCCCGUUGGGUCCAGAUUUCCUGGAGUCGCCAUUCCAAUCACCACUGCGUAGUUUGCAAUGGCUUGAUGUUUAUGGCCGGUUGAAACCGCAUCCUAUACAUCAAGUCGGAUUGGUCCAGCUAGUGUAUCUCAAGGGGGGACUGGAAACCAUCAAGCUACCGGGGCUUGCUGGUGUGAUUUCCUUCUCCGACGUCUUGGCUGCUAGCAGGUCUUUGUCACAGCCACUCUUCCCCUGUAUAUCCCUCCAGGAAGGAGAAUUCCUGACCUUGCAAGACGUCAUCAAUGCCCAGCAUCCUGUGCUAAACGUGGAUCCGGACAUCAUCAGCGAAUUACCCAUCACCACCGAGAUGCAGGAAAUUUUCAGUGCUUCACGUGCAUAUCUGGCUUUGGUUGACAAAUACCAAGAUGGGGUUUACGUAGCGUUGGACAUGUUGGCCGACUUUCGAAAUCUGGUCCAAUGGCACAUUAUGUCGUUAUUGCCAGGAAGUAAGUUGGACCCAAAUACCGCAAACUCCUACCCCCUAUAUGAAUCAUGUCGACUAGCACUGGUAAUCAUGGGGGUGGGAGUGAUAUUCCCGCUUCCCCCUCAGUCCGCUCCGUUGUUGGAGCUCUCCCAGAUGUUGCAAGCGGAGCUCCAAUCGACGGAGGAUAUGGCCAAGAUGUACUCGCCAGUGAGUAUCAAACUUAUAUACUGGUGUCUCAUUAUUGGGGGCAUUGCUGCUGGUGAAUCGCAAGAAAGAUUGUGGUAUGCCGAGGAGCUUCGACGUCUGGCUGGACCGUAUGGUCUACCUUCGUGGGAUGAGAUCAAGCGGGAUUUGAAAACGAUAUUGUGGCUGAAUAGGGCGUGUGAUUUUGGUGGAAGGUUUUUCUGGGAGGAAGCUUUGUGCCUGCGGUGA